ACAGACUACGUACGAUACGCCGAGAGCGCAAGCAAUUCUUUCGUGCACUAGAAGAGACGGCAAAAGUGAAGCGCGACACACACAAUAAGAGACAAGAGAGUGAGAGAAAGAAAGAGAUUGAAAGGCAAGAAAAAUAAAAGUUAUCGUCUUUUUUCGGUGUCCAUUUGUUUAUUGUUGCUGCGCUCUCUUUCGAUCGUGAGACUCAGUUGAAGACGAUUCGGUUUGCAUGUUGUGAGUGUGUCGACUUCGCCAAUUCAAACGGAUGCCCAUUGAUUUUUAAAAUCGGUGUUCUUCGUACAGUCAGUGUUGAGGAAUUUUUUGCUCGUUGUUUUGAAAUCAAUUCAUUAAUCGUUGCGUUCGUUUGAUGCGAAUUGCACCGAUUUUUUUUUAUCCGAGAUAGUGUUUCUAGUGAUAAAGCAUUUCCGAAGCUUCGUCAACGUCAACCAAAAAUAAACCAUUUUUUUGGUUGGUAAAAUGAUAAUUGAAAUUUCCUUUUGCUACUGAUAACGUGGUGUGCGCGUAUAUGGCCAAAAUAAGUGAAUGAACGAAAACAAUUCGUAGAAAAAUGAAAUGAGAGAGUGAUUCCAAGAGAAAAAGUGCACCGAUUUCAUUCACUGCUGUUGUUAAUCAUAUAGUGUGGCACGUUCAUAAGAAACUCACUUCUCAAACACAGAUCGGAAUUUUUUUUUACCGCUCCGUAUAUGGGCAAUGUGCUUACAAGUUUUGUGGAAAUAUAAGAUCAGUGAAAAUGGAAUGAAACCUCUGUGACGCGGUUAAUAACAAGUUUUAGACGCGCGCACAUGUGAGAGAUCUCGACUAAAGAGAGUGAGCUAGCUAUCCAGCGAGAUUGAAAAUCGAAAGUAAUUUCUAAUUGAAUGGAAAAAAGGAGCACCCAUUCGUCUAUUGUAAUCGAUUCAGAGUGGAAAUUGAGUGUGCUGAGAAGGUGAUCCGUUUACGUUUAUCGUGCAUGAGUCUCACGUCACAAAAUAUAAAAUAAUCAUCGAGACACCUACAGUUGGAUUAUCCGUGGGGUAUAUAUUUACACGAACACAUAUUUGCAUGAUUAUAGAGACACCACCGGCUCUAGUCAUUUUGGAAAAUAUCGAAUCGAAAAAUUGUGUGCUGAAACUGAACAUGAUGAAGAAAGAAACGCUCAGACUCAGUAACAGUUUGAAUCUAUCCAAUCUGUAUGACAUUUGCAAAAGUGGUUGGAUGACAAAGCGUUCACAAAAUAAAAAACGAUUUACGCCGAUCAACUACAAAUUACGAUGGUUCGAAUUGACCAAACAGUUUUUGUAUUAUUUUGACACUGAAAAUGUUGAGAAACGACGUGAGCGCGGUCGCAUUUCAAUAAAAGGCAUACGAUUGGUCGAGCCAGCUGUUCUAAACCUCGACGGUGGUGAUAGUUUAGCGCCAGAUGGAUUCUCGUUUCAAAUCGGCUAUUGCGAAGUAGAUGAUCAAUUACCCGGUCGAUCGAUACCACAAUAUACUCUGUACUUAACAGUUGCCAAUGAAAAAGAGCGUCUCGAUUGGAUUCGAGCAUUGAGAGCUGUUUGCGAAGAAACGUAUAGCCCAAAAUCAUACAGAUACCAUCCUGGUUUAUGGUCAGGAAAGAAAUGGUCUUGCUGUAAGACUGUGAAUCGUACAGCAUUUGGAUGUCAAGCAGCGACACAUUGGGCUGAAACGAAUAACAAUCCAUCUCCAAGAACAGGAAAUUCUCCAGCGCAAAGUUCAACGCGAAGUAUAAGUCCAAACUCGACUUCGCCGGGACAAUUUAUACAUCAGCAAUUACAGAAGAGUGCAACAACAGCCAGUUUGGCUGGAAGUUUGACAACCAUUUUAUCGCCGCAACAGACGUCAUCCGUAACAACAUUCAAAACGCCCAUCACAAACGGAAGUGGUAACCACGGUGGUAUCAGUGAAUCAUCAAAUAUGCCAGGCGGUACAGCAACUCCAGGAACGCCAAACUCAAAGUCAAAGGACUCUGCACAGCAUGUACGAAUCGUUGUUGCUUUGUAUCCAUUCAAAGCCAUCGAAGGCGGUGAUCUGUCAUUAGAAAAGAACGCCGAAUAUGAAAUCAUCGACGAUUCCCAAGAGCAUUGGUGGAAGGUUAAAGAUCAACACGGCAACAUUGGAUAUAUACCCAGCAAUUAUGUGAAACCAAAAGAAACACUCGGCUUAGAUAAAUACGAAUGGUAUGUAGGUGAUAUGUCGCGUCAGCGUGCCGAAUCGUUACUCAAACAAGGUGAUAAAGAAGGUUGUUUCGUUGUAAGAAAAUCGUCGACAAAAGGUCUAUACACCCUGUCACUUCAUACCAAAGUCCCUCAAUCACAUGUCAAACAUUAUCACAUUAAACAAAAUAGCAGAAAUGAGUAUUACUUGUCAGAAAAGCACUGUUGCGAAACCAUACCCGAUUUGAUAAAUUAUCAUCGUCACAAUUCCGGUGGAUUGGCAUGUCGCUUGAAGUCAUCGCCCUGUGAUCGGCCAGUACCACCGACAGCCGGUCUGUCGCAUGACAAAUGGGAAAUUCAUCCAUCUGAAUUAAUGCUACUGGAGGAGCUUGGCUCCGGCCAAUUCGGUGUUGUACGGCGUGGCAAGUGGCGCGGUUCCAUCGAUACUGCCGUUAAAAUGAUGAAAGGCGGUACCAUGUCCGAAGAUGAUUUUAUUGAGGAAGCCAAAGUGAUGACUAAGCUACAGCAUCCGAAUCUAGUGCAGCUAUAUGGUGUUUGCUCAAAACAUCGACCAAUUUACAUCGUAACGGAAUACAUGAAACAUGGAUCUCUCCUAAAUUACCUCAGACGGCAUGAGACGUCGUUGAUUGGCAAUAUGGGACUUUUGUUGGAUAUGUGCAUACAGGUCUGCAAAGGAAUGUCAUACUUGGAGCGACACAACUAUAUCCAUCGUGAUUUAGCAGCCAGAAAUUGUUUAGUCGGUUCAGAAAACACAGUAAAGGUGGCCGAUUUUGGGCUGGCUCGUUAUGUUCUUGAUGAUCAAUAUACAAGCAGCGGCGGAACCAAGUUUCCAAUCAAAUGGGCACCACCAGAAGUUUUGAACUACACACGAUUCUCGUCGAAGAGUGAUGUUUGGGCAUACGGUGUUUUGAUGUGGGAGGUGUUCACAUGCGGAAAAAUGCCAUACGGUCGACUCAAGAAUACUGAGGUGGUCGAACGCGUGCAACGUGGCAUCAUUUUGGAGCGUCCAAAAGCUUGCGCUAAAGAAAUCUAUGAGGUGAUGAAGAAGUGCUGGGCACAUCAUCCUGAAGAUCGACCAAGCUUCCGCAAUUUGAAGGAUCAACUAGCACUGGUUGCUCAAGGGCUCACGGACUAGGACGAACUGAAACCGUUGUAAGAAGAACGAUCGCAUAGUCCGCUGAAAAGAGAACGAAAUGAGGAAAUGAUGAAUCGCCAUUAGAAUGGCGGAAUAAAACAAUAACAAUUAGUAUGGAAAAAAAAGAGACAAAAAACACAACUUCAUAAUCAAUACUAGAUAAUCAAAUUGUGGUAUCAAUGAAAAUAUCAGAAAAAAGAACAAAAAAUUGUAUUAUACUAUAGUAAACGUGUGCUUUGAUAAACAAAAACAAAAACAUUUAGAUAUUCGAGACGAUUUAUUGCAUAAAACUAUAUCGAUAUUUGCGGACAAACGGAAUUUGUUUCUUUGGAAUUAAAAACAAACAAAAAAAUAAUGAUGAAAACAGGAAAUGAUUUUUGAUGUAAAAAUAUGAAAAAUGAUUGCGAAAUAUCAAACUACAAACUUUUCUUCCAGUUUUUUUGACACGAGAACUUUCCAUUAAAAGACGAUAAUCUUGUUGUGAAUAAUUUCUUUGGAAACUACAAAACAAAAACAAACAAACAGUGACAAAUUUAUGGCGUUUUUGUAGUGAAUUUUUUUAAUCAUCGACUCCAAUUUUUUACCACCAUUUUUACAUUGACAAACAACUAAAAUAAAAUAUUCAAAAAACGAAAAUAUUCAAAGGAUAUUUUGUAGUGAAAACAUAUUUUUCCUGUCAAAUUCGAUUGCGCUUUUCAUUGGCAAGGAGUGUUCCAAAACAAAACAAGUGAAUCCAUGCCUAGCCCCAUUUUAAAGUAGAAAUGUUCUUUUUUUUUUAGUUUAGAUAAUAGCGAAUUAGAAAUAAAUGGCAAAUCGGUGCAACUCAAGCAAGCCAAAUUUAAAAGUCAUGCAUAGUUAAUGGAAAUAUAUAAUUUAAGCGAAUAGAAGCACUUGAGCGAAGCCGAAAUUUCAAAUUAAAACCAGCAGCCGUUCAUCGUAACACACAUAAAAUGCUAACCCAAUUUAGAUAUUAACCAUGAACAUAUUAUUCUACUAGCGUUUUAAUCAUAUACACAACAAGAAAAAGAAGAACAAGAGAAAAAUCUAAGAUCAAAUUUGGAAAAAAUGAUGCAAAUUCAACACAACUUUUUUUGAAAUUAAGAAGCCAACAAACUAACCGAAAAUUAAAAAAAAAACAAUGCAAAUGCUGAAUUGAUUUAUUAACAAAAUAAAUAAUGUGAUUUAAUAUUUUAAGAUUGAAUUCGAAUCCUUUUCAGCCUGAAUUCUGUAUGAUUUACUUACGUAUGAUAAUUCAUGUAAUACAAUAUUGAUUAAAUGAACAGAAAAAUUCAUUAAA